UAGACACUCUGAAGAGAGACAAGGUACCCAAAACUCCCAAACCCCGCACCUCACUCCAGCACAAGCACAUCCCGUCAGUCAUCAGCCCACCCAAGCAACAUGGAGAGAGCUUCGAGAAACGAGUUUCGAGCUUCUGUUCUUCUGUGUUGCGCACCUUCGCUUCCAACUCCCGUCGCCUCUCCACUGUUCAAGAUCCACUCCAUGAUAUCGCUUGUCAACAUACUAAUCUCCAUGAUUCGAGCAGCUGGUUGAUCCCGUCAACAAGGCCUGUGCGACUCCAGCUACGAACCAGCAGCUAACGUCGAAUCACCGCCAACCUACAAAGCUACCCUAGAGCGCUCUUUCAGGAGCUAUCACUUUAUUUUAUCGGUGCACAGCAUUUGGGCAUCCGGGCCAAUGACCCAAUAGUCUCAAAUUACACUUCAACUCCCCACACUUUCCAUCUAUCGAAACCCUCAAAGCCCAAACCAUGGCUUCCACCAAGGUGUCUACGACCAUUACAUUCCGGUCAUCCGGCACUCAGCCGCCACUUUUUAUUGCUGGCUCUUUCUCCGAGCCAGAAUGGCAACCCCAGGAGAUGGACUGCACCACCGGUGCUGACGGAGAACACGUCUUCACCAAGGAAAUCUGGGGUGAAGUCGGAUCCAAGGCAGUCUACAAGUUCCGUAUCGGCUUGGGCGAUUGGUGGGUCCUUGACGAGGGCGCGCCUACCGUCACAGACAGUUCUGGGUUCAGAAACAACGAGUUGGAGUUCCAACACCCGCCAAAGGAGGAACCCAAGCCCGACCUUCCCAACGACGAGGCAACCCCAGAGGAGAAUGCGCCUCAAACAAAUGGAGAUACUGCUCCCGAGGUUGAGGCUCCCCAAGAAAAGGACACUGCUACAGAAAUCACCGCGGUCUCAGAGACAAAAGACACCCCGGAGCACGAUGUUGUCCUCAAGGCUGAAGAUGUCUCCACUACCGAGGCUCCUGGCGCAGAUGAUACUACCUCCAACGAUGAUGCUGUUGCCAAGGACGACGCUGCGGCAAAGGACGACACUACCUUGGAGGCUCACACUGAAACCAAGGCUGAAGCCCCUUCGACUACUGAGGCUACCUUGAAGGAUGAAGCUCUCUCGGAGGAAGAGGAUAAGACCAAGACAAAGGAUUCCACAGAGAGCAACGUUGCGCCCGUUGAGGUCUCAACAUCAGUCGAGGCUCCUUCAUCCGCUGAGACACCUUCCAAGGAGGAGGAGGCCACCCCAGAGGAGGCCACCCCAGAGGAGACCAAGGUCGAGACAGCAACCGAUGUUGAGGAGACCAGCUCGAAGCCCGAGGACUCUCAACAGCACGAGGCGGCCCCGAAGGAGGAAGUCCUCGCCCACGAGACUGCUCCAGAGGCCGAGUCGGCGCCCAAGGAGUCCCUUUCUACAGAGGAGGAAACCUCUGCCGAGCCUACCAUUGAAACGGAAGAGUCUAAGCCCGAGGAGACCACCGUUUUAGACGCUGAGCACAAGAAGGAAGCUGAGGUCGACGCGGAAUCACCCGUUGAGAAGGCUGAUGUUCAGGAGGAGAGCACCUCGCAAGUCGAGGCACAAGAGGAAGCCACUCCAGCUGAGGAGACUGUUUCCGCUGCUCCAGAGGCCGAGACCACCCCCGAGACCGAGACAACCCUGAAGGAGGAAACUCCUGCUACGGAGUCCGACUUGCAAGAGACCACCGAGUCUAAGGAGGAGGUCAACCACAGCGAGGACAUUACCCACGAGACGACUGCCCCGGAGUCUGUUUCCAAGGACGAAGAGACCCCUCUGGCGGAAACUGAGAAGGAGGACUCUGCGCCCAUUCAUGAAGAUAAGGUUCAGGAGGACACCUUGAAGACCACUGAGGAACAGCCUUCUGAGGAGAAGCCUGCUGAGGAGGAGACUGCCCGCGAAGAGGCCAGUCCGGAAAAGGCCACCGAAGAGAACGCGAUCAAGGAGACUUCGGAAGAGCCUGCCCACGAGGACGAUACCAAGGACAAGGCCACUCGGGAGGAAACCGCUCACCAGGAUACCCAAACCGACGAUGAGGUCACUCAACAGACUACUCAGGAAGAGAUCACCCAACAGACAACCCCUGAGGAAUCCACCCAGCAGACGACCCAAGAGGAUGUCACUGAGGAUGCCCCUGAAGUUGCUGCUACCAAGGACGAGGUCGACGUGAAGGAUGACACCACUCCUCACAAGACCGAUCUCAAGGACGAGGCUCAUCCAAUUGAGGUGUCCGAGGAGGAGCCCACUCAGAAGGAGGAUGCCGAGGAACAUGCCGUCCAUGAGACUGCUCAAGAGGAACAGCCUACCAAGGAAUCUGCUCCCGAGGAGACAACAGUAACCGAUGAGGCCACUUCGGAGGAGGUUGCGCCGGAGAAGGCUGAUGAGGAGGGAACUGACGCCAAGACCUACGCAGCUGUGGCUCAUGAAGCUCUAGAAGCCGAGGCUUCCCCAGAGAUUACUGAGGCUGCUCCGGAAGCAGAGGCUCCUCAGGCCGAGGAGACUGCUCCGGCGGUUGAGGCGGCUCCGGUUGCAGAGGAUUCUGAAGUUGAUAAGGCUGACGUGGCGACCGAAGCUGCUCCUGCUGAAGAGACUUCUCCUGCUGUUGAUGUUGCUCCUGUUGAGAAGGCCACCCCAGUUGAGGACGACGCUCCGGUUGAGAAGGCCACCUCUGUGUCUGAGGAGACUGCUCCCGUCGCUGAGACCAACUCUGCUGAAGAAGCUGCUCCUUCUGAGACACCUGCUGAUGUCUCUGAGGAAGCCGCUCUUGCUGCCGAGGCUACCCCCGCCGAGGAGACUGCCCCUGCCACUGAGGCUUCCCAUGUUGAGGAGGCUGCGCCUGUUGAGGAGGCUUCCCAUGUUGAGGAGGCUGCGCCUGUUGAGGAGGCUCCUCUGGAGGCCGCCCCUGUCUCUGAAGAGCUCCCUGCUGAAAAGGCCGCUUCUACCGAAGAAACUGCUCCUGCUGUUGAUGCUGCCCCUGUUGAGACCGCUGCAGUUGAGGAGGCAACUCCUGCCGAGGAGGCCGAACCCGUCCCGGCGACCUAUGCUGAGGCCGUCCAGGCGACCCAUGCUGAGGAGCCCGCUCAUGUUGAGGAGACUGAGGCUAUCGAGGAAACUACUCUUGAUAAGACUGCACCUGCUGAAGAGGCUGCUCCUGUUGAGGAGGAGGCGGCCGACACGCCUGCUGAGCAGCCCGAGCCUGUCGCUAAUGCGGCCAAGGAGAUUCUUGCCCGCUCGGAACCUGUUACCGAUUCGCAGUCAGGUGCUGCUACGCCAAUCUUUGCCAGGACUGCGGCGGAGGUCGCUGAUUCUGCUGCACUCCUCAACGAAGGAACACCUGAGGAUCGCGUCUCCGAUGAAGAGGCUGGAAGGACUGGUUUCCGUCGCUUGUCUGCCACGCCCAUUGCCGAAGUUUCGGAAACUGCCGCGGAGGUCGCUGAUAGCGCGAAAUAUCUGGACGCGCCCGUUGCCGAAGUUGCGGACACUGCCGCGGAAGUCGCUGAUAGCGCGAAAUACCUGGACACCGAGUCAACGGAGGCCGAUCAAUCUGAGCUUGCUACUCCCGCCGAGGACGGCCCCCAUAAUCCAGCUCUGUUCUCACAUGAGUGCGCCGGUAUGUACGGCGAAGAACCUUCGAUCACGAUUGUAUCCGAGGACGUGGACCAGGACAACGAGAUCCGAGAGGAAUCACCGCUCGACGAGGAGAAUAUCGAUAUUAACGAUCCCACCCUAGAACGCUUCCCAUCCAACCGCGACGAGAUCAUCGAUACUGUUCGGAAGCUUGAGACUGGUCUCGAGGAGGACCAGGUUCUUAUCGAGGACGCUCCCCCAUCACCUAUCAUCGGCUCUUCGAAUUCACGGAGGGAAUCUGAAGUGUCCCACGACACCGCUCUCGGAGCAAGCGUGAUCCCCCGCACCGUGAAGAGGCUAGAUGUUCCCCAUUCACCUCGUAUGUCCGUCAGCUCGGCUCAGUCGUCGGCCUUGUCGCUGCAAUCGAUUUCGGAGAGCGAGGAGCCGACCAGCAGCAAGGAAGAUGAUUCCUCAACGGUUCAGCUUUCGCCUCCCCACAAGACCGCAGCGUCAAACGAAACUACACCUAGGGAGGCUGUUGAGGAUGAAGGAAUCUCUCUAAGCCCUGACUCGCCGAAGAAGACGAAGCACACCGAAGAUCUGACCACCAAGACGCUGGAGCCUCAGGCACAGGAUAUUCCCGAAGUCGCAGUACACACUGUCUCGGUCGAGGCGCCUGUUGAACCUACCGCUCAGGAAGAGCAAGCACCUGAGGAUUCCAAGCCCACGAACGGCCUCCUUCCCAGCCCAGAGGUUGUUGCGGAAACCACCGAACGCUCGAAGCCAUCUCAACCUGAUGCUCAGCAGAGCACCGAUGAGCCCGUUGCUGCCUCAGAUGCUACCGGUGCUGAUGUCCGUAGCGAGGCCGAGGCAUCGGUCACAGCAACAGGCGCGGACACAGACAACGCCAACACGGUCAGAAAGAGAGGCGGACAGGGAACACAGGCCAGCUCGCCGCCGCCCAACGAUGCUCCAGUCAUCAAGCAGGACCCGAACGGCGGAUGGUUCACCACCUUCUGCAAGCUGAUUAUUGUGGACUUCAUCGGCGGUAUCCUGAGCCGAAUUGCGGGCAACCGCAAAAGACAGACGUAAGGCAUACACUGAGCUCAGACGAUAACCUUUCUUCAGAUUAUCGAUUGACUCUGUGUUGCUUUAGGCUGUUGGCAGCAGGCACCGCCGCCGUCGCCAUGGGGGUCGGAUGGUGGAGGAUCAAGGCCAAUGCAGCUAGGAGCGCUGCGGGUGAAUUGUUGAAUUAGCCAUGUGUUUUAUGCAGGGACGUGUAAUGGGUGUAUAUGGGUUAAUGAAGAACAUGAGACAUGGAUACAGUAUGCGAUUACCUAUGGUUCCCGGAGUUCAAGUUGUGUUGGCAGAGACACGACAAGGCCUCUUGAGAUUGUUUUGAUGAACGAAAAAAAAAAGAAGGAAGAGAACGACCUAGUACAUUGUUGAGUUUUGUUAUUCCCUAUAGUCAAUAUCCCUACAAUAAGUAGUACUCAGCUCUUGAGUUCCUUGUCACGAAUUUGUGAUGUGAUUCCAUGUCGAAAGUGAAGGCAUUCCCAUCAUGAGUUUAGUGUACAAUGAC